AUGGACAAUCUUGAUCCAUUUUUCUUUGCAUCUCGGACUUUUCCGUGCCAAGGCUCCACUCUCCCAUUUUGGAGAACAGAGCUUCACGAGCUGGAUAGCCAUCAUUCAACAGAACAGCUUCCCGAGUCAUGCGAUGUUCUGAUCAUUGGCGGGAGCCAUGCUGGCAUUGCUGCCGCAUACCAUCUUCUCUGUGGAGAUGAAUCGAGUACAAGUCCAAAGCCUUCAAUUGUCCUUGCAGAAGCAAGACAGGCAUGCAGUGGCCAUCUUCGUCCUUCAGUCUACUCUCGGAUUCCCAAGUACACAAAGCAAUUCGGACUGGAAGCCGCAGUCGAAGUAGCAGACUUCGAAUUCGAUCACGUGGCCGCAAUUGCUACCCUCGUCGAGAAAGGAAAGAUCGACUGUGACUUCACAUUAACUCGAUCAUUCGACGUUUACACCGACAAGGGAGAAGCAGAGACAGCAAAGAGGCAUUGUGAUGAAUUCAAGGAAGCCGGAAUAGCCAAAAACACCAUGAAUGAUCUUGUUUGGACCGAAGCCGAGCACGCUGAGGAGGUAUCAGGCGUCAAAAACUGCAUUGGCUGCUUCUCAUUCACAGCAGCCCAUCUUUGGCCUUACAAACUAAUGAUGCACCUCCUCGCCAGCGCCGUCUCCAGCGGUCUAAACCUCCAAACCCACACCCUAAUCCUCUCCAUCUCUCCCUCUACCUCCCUCCCGGGAAAGUGGACAGCAACCACCCCCCGCGGCAGUAUCACCGCCUCAAAAGUAAUCUUCGCUACAAACGCCUACACAGCCGGUCUCCUCCCCGAAUACGCCAGGAAAAUCGUGCCCUCAAAAGGAAUCUGCUGUCGCAUCAUCACCCCACCUUCCUCCACCCACCCAGAACUGAAAAACACCUACGGCCUCCGCCUCGGAAACGGAAGCCUAGAUUAUCUUAUCCCUCGCAACGACGGCUCUAUAAUCCUCGGUGGCGCGAGAAGUGCCUUCUUCUCCGAUCAUAAAAAUUGGUACAAUAACAUCGACGACUCAACCUUGAUCAAGCCUGCCGAGAAGUACUUUGAUGAUUACAUGCAAACCAAUUUCCUCGGCUGGGAAGAGAGCGGGGCACGAGUAGAUUGUAUCUGGACGGGCAUCAUGGGGUAUAAUUCCGACACGCUUCCGAGUGUGGGAGAGGUACCCGGUAGGGAGGGGUGUUUCAUCGCGGCGGGAUUUGAGGGGCAUGGGAUGCCGGUUAUUUGGUUGGUGAUGAAGGGGAUUGCUGAGAUGGUGGGAAGGGGGAAGGCGUUUGAGGAGGUGGGUAUUCCGAGGGUAUAUAGGACGACGAGGGAGAGGUUGGAGAGUGGGGUUGACGUUUUGGGGCCGAAGAAAGGGUAGUUGGGAAUGGAGCGGGCAUUUUGGGUAAGUGGGUUUGAAGAUAGGACAAAGAUGGGAGGUGUCGUGAAUACACUUAUGGUUUGAGGCGAGAAGACAGGCUUAAAAGUGCGAUGUUUUGAACUGAAUGAAGGAUGGGAGUAUUCCUUCUUCUCGCUUGAUUGGCAGGCGACUUUCUUUGCAAUUUUCAACUGCGAUUGGUGCCAUGUUGCACUGUAAUUUUAGCGCAAAGAUGGAGGAGGGCUGGGUGCCUAUUUCCCCAACGUGAUUUCCAG